UGGGAGGAAGUGUGUUGUCAGUCCCGAGCAGACUCUUGACAAGUCAUUACUCUCCUCGACAUCGAGGGGGUCUACACCUCUGCCACCAGGGCCGUCGCGAUGGCUCCUCACGUCUCUCUUGAUGUCAAAACGGGCCAAGUUUGAUUCGCGGGGAGGAUGGGUAACGUGAUGCGAGGCGUGGGCAUCCGUCCAGAAGUCGACGUGAAAGACCCCGGCAACCCUCAGAAAGGGUCAGAGGACAACCUGAUGGUAGUUCUCGCAGACUACCCGUCUCCGGACAUCGGCAAGCCCAUCUUCAAGAUGGGGGAGAAGCUCAGCAUCAUCUCGCGGGACGCCUACUGGUGUAAGGUGAGUUCCAUUCAGACGGGGAAGAAGAACUACAUCCCCGAGAGUCACGUGGCCAAAGUGUACCACGGCUGGCUGUUCGAGGGGGUGACGAGGCAGAAGGCUGAGGAGCUGCUGCUUCUACCUGGGAACGAGGUGGGCUCCUUUCUGGUUCGGGAGAGCUCUGUGGAGCGCGGUAUGUACGUGCUCUCGGUCAGGCACAGCCCUAUAAAGCACUAUCGCAUCUUCAGGCUGGACAACAGCUGGUACUACAUCUCCCCUCGCCUCACCUUCCAGUGCCUGGAGCAGAUGAUCGACUACUAUUCUGACUUUGCGGACGGCCUUUGCUGCGUGUUGACCGCUCCAUGUCUGUCCGACCGAACAAUUCCACCAGCGGGUGAGGCACCGGUUGUCAUGAGGAGCCACUUCGACUGGAAUAAAAUAAACAGGAUGCAGCUGACCGCCACCGGGGGCCGCGAUGACAGCAUGGUGAGCUACGGCAUCAGGAACAGCAUGGCCGACUACCUGUCCUUUUCGGGGUACCACCAGGGAACCCGAGGCACGGGGGCGGAAAACAGGAAGAAGAAGAGCAAAUCUGUUUACGCAUUGCCGGAAAACGACCUGGACAACUUUGACUGUGACGCCCAGUAGGGGCCGCCGUACGUCUUGUACAUAAGAAACUAUCCUAUAGGGACGGCGUGGCGCAGUGGGAGAGUGGCCGUGCGCAACCCGAGGGUCACUGGUUCAAAUCCCACCUAGUACCAACCUCGUCACGUCCGUUGUGUCCUGAGCAAGACACUUCACCCUUGCUCCUGAUGGGUGCUGGUUGGCGCCUUGCAUGGCAGCUCCCUCCAUCAGUGUGUGAAUGUGUGUGUGAAUGGGUAAAUGUGGAAGUAGUGUCAAAGCGCUUUGAGUACCUUGAAGGUAGAAAAGCGCUAUACAAGUACGACCCAUUUAUCAUUUGUUUAUCCUUCUGUGUCACGUUACGCCAUGCUGGUUGGCUCCACCCCCUCCAAUACCGUGUGUAUAGGAGUCUGUGGAGAGGCGCAGCGGGGCAGGGCGGCCGAGCUUAGAGGCAUUUGCCCCACGUUGGGCGCCGAAUGUGACAGUCGCUCGCUGUCAUUCAGGUUCAAUGGACCAUCAAGGAAGGACAUCUCUUUCGAGCAGGUUUGACUCGCUUUAUUUUUCAAUUAAAGCUUGUCUUCAGGUCGGGUCGCUUUUCAGCUCCUUCCCUGCAGCUCGCUCCUCGGUUGCUUCAGUCGGCCACGUCGUUACUCUCUGUUGCUUUCGGUACUCAGGUUCUGCUGCGGGCUCUUCUCCUCCUUCUCCCUCACCCUCCUCCGCCGCUGCCCUUUUAUACAGCCAGAGGAGAUUCAUUGAUUGUGUCCCGGUGUGCGAGCCACGCCCCUGAUCCCACUUGUAGCGUCGCUCCCGGCACGCCCCCGCCUCUUCACUCGGCCGCAUUCUCCGUCCCCUUGCCGCUAUCUUGCUGCUCAUUCGCCGGCUGCGCCUCUCCACAGAGUCAUUCUGAUGGCGUCCACAAAUGUGAUCCCUGGUGUGCACCAAAUAAGCAGACCACUCUCCACGUGCAAGUGAACUCUGUUGCGCUUCGGUUGCCUUGUGUUCUAACGAAACACGAUUCACUAUAAAUCUCCUCAAACGUCCGACCCUUAGUGAACAUUUCCUUGCUGCCCUGAAGCCGAUUGCCAUCUUAGCGAUUCUUUUAAGACAGAGACGUCAAAGUGGUUUUCGCUGAGGGCCACGUCGCAGUUUUGCUAGGCCCCAGAGGGCCGCUUCUAACAGUACAUAUUAUUAUUGUCAGAAUAAUUGUAUCUAAGUUAUCACACAUUUUUGUGUUUCAACGAGUUCCCGGCAAGCAGAAAAAAGCUGCCUUUGAUCUUACCAAUCAAAACACCUGUAAAACGCCACUGUGUAGGAUGGGAAGCGACAUGAAGGUGUCGGUUUCUUUGAUGCAUUGUAAUCCACAGGAAGUUUCGUCUUUACCUGAGAUCUACAAAGUGGAGAGGAAGCAGGACCUGACCCCCUUCCAGGCACCUUUUCUUUGAACUGUUUUGUAACCAAAGGCGACAGCUGUUUACGACCCCCUUCCUUUAGAAACAGCUGUCGCCAUGUAAUCAGGGAAAGUCCAAAUAAAAGAGGCGUACAAUCUUUCGUCAGAGCGUGGUGGGAGACUGUACAAAGAGUACAGACCAGAGCUUUCUCCUCAAUUGAGCUAAAUUGAA